AUGUCAGGGGUCAAACUCCUGUGCUAUUUGCUGCUAACGUAUCACCUCAGUGAGGCGAAGAAAAUCAAGGGAAACAGACCAGCGGACAGAGAACAGAGGGGAGUCCUGAACGCAGCAGAGCAGCAUGUUAGCAGCUCAAUCUUCAGGCUGUUUUCAGGAGGCGAGGACAACUGUGCACUGGACCCUCUGCAGCUGCACACUCUCACCUCCUGUGGCUUCAACAGCAGUAAUCCCCUCAUCAUCAUCACUCACGGGUGGUCGGUGGAUGGUAUGAUGGAGAGCUGGGUGCUCAUGUUAGCCACAGCCCUGAAGACGAACCUAAUAGAUGUCAACGUGGUGAUUACGGACUGGCUGUCCCUGGCUCACCAGCACUAUCCCACAGCAGUACAGAGCACCCGCACUGUUGGAAAAGACAUAGCUCACCUGCUGCAGUCACUACAGGUUCACUACCAGUACCCAGUUAGAAAGGUUCAUUUGAUUGGCUAUAGCCUCGGCGCUCACAUCUCUGGAUUUGCUGGAAGCUAUCUGGAGGGUUCGGAGAAGAUUGGAAGAAUUACUGGUCUGGAUCCAGCGGGGCCACUGUUUGAAGGCAUGUCUCACACAGACAGGCUGUCUCCUGAUGACGCUGAAUUUGUGGAUGCCAUCCACACCUUUACCCAUGAACGUAUGGGCCUCAGUGUAGGCAUCAAGCAAGCUGUGGCACAUUAUGACUUUUACCCCAACGGAGGAGACUUCCAACCAGGAUGUGAUCUGCAAAACAUUUACGAGCACAUAGCCCAGUACGGGCUUCUGGGUUUCGAACAGACGGUGAAAUGUGCUCAUGAGCGGUCCGUCCAUCUAUUUAUCGACUCUCUGCUGAAUAAAGACAAGCAGAGCGUGGCCUACAGGUGCAGCGACAAAAGCGCUUUUGAGAAAGGCAUCUGUCUCGGCUGUCGGAAGAAUCGCUGCAACACGCUGGGCUACAAUAUCAGAAAGGUGCACAGCGGCAACAGCAAGAGGCUCUACCUGAAAACACGCUCUCGGAUGCCUUACAAACUCUAUCAUUACCAGUUCAGGAUCCAGUUUGUCAACCAGAUGGAGAGGAUCAAGCCUUCUCUCACCAUCUCCCUCUCUGGAACAAAGGAGGAGAGUGGCGACCUCCCCAUCACUGUCACUGAGACGAUUUUGGGUAAUAAAACCUUCACCUUCCUGAUCACCCUGGACAAAGACUUAGGGGAUCUGAUGAUGCUCAGAUUGCACUGGGAAGGAUCGGCCAUGUGGACGAACGUGUGGAACCGGGUGCAGACCAUCAUUCCCUGGGGCGGCCGGGAGAGGAAGCCGCUGCUGACUGUGGGCAAGCUCAGUGUCAAAGCAGGCGAGACGCAGGAGAGGACGUCUUUUUGUGCCAUGACAGACGAUGGACAACAAGUUGAAGUGUGGCAAGACAAAGUGUUUGUGCGCUGUAUAGAAGACAAACCAAGACAGCAGAGAAGGAAGCACAACAGGCUUGUGUGA